AUGCCAUUCUUAAAAUCACUAGUACUAGUAGUGCUCACGAUCAUAGUUUGCGGGUUGGAAGCCAAGAAAUUGACCUGGGCUCAGCAAACGAAGUGUAUUUUUACUUGCCCACAGAACAAGCCUAAGACCCAAGGAGCCUGCGCAAAAGUGAUAGCUUCGAAACCAGAUUAUCCGUUUAACCCAACGAAAUGGAACAUGCAAGCAGCAAACCCAGUACGAGGUCACCCCGGCUAUUUCAAUUGCAUUGGUAGCCCAAUGGAGUUCGCCACGUGUGCUCUCCCUGCAGGCAUUCCACAAGGCGGAAGGGACGUACGACUCGCACAGUAUCUAUACGACAAGUUACUACGAUUUGCCAAAGGACUGCAGGGUGCCACUGAAAGACAUGAUAAGAUCGGGCUCGUGGAGGACCAUCGGCACUACGAUUUGCCAAAGGCCUGCAGGGUGCCACUGAAAGACAUGACAAGAUCGGGCCCGUGGAGAACCAUCGGGAGGACCAUCGGCACUGGGCAUUAA